UUGCAACUCACGGUAACUGCAGUUAGCCAAGUUGGAUGUGAGUUGCUGUUGCCUUGGCUUUCAGUUGAUCGCGGAUCGUGGCUGUGUCAAGUUGCAAUUUGAAUUUUUAUAGGAAAGCUGAUCAGCAAUGAAGUUGCUACCCCUGGCUUUAUUGGCCUUUUUAUUGAGACCGGAACCCAAUGACGCGGCACAAAUUUUGGGCUUGUUUCAACAUCCCGGAAAGAGCCACUUUGACUUCUUCCGUCCCAUUUUCUUGGCCUUGGCGGAGAGGGGUCACAACAUUAGCAUGUAUAGCUAUUUUCCACUGGAGAAACCAGUGGCCAACUACACGGAUUACGUCUUUCAAGGAAUGCCCCUGCUCACCGAUAUUGUGGACUUAAGGAACUUCGAAUCCGAAUGGAAGCCCCUGGGACUACCGUUCAAGGUGCCAACCUACUUUAUGCUUCACGAUUGGGGUCUGCGAUCCUGUAAGGUGGCCCUGAAUUCACCCCUCAUCGCCCAACUGCUCAAGUCCCCCAUUCGAUAUGACGUCAUACUCCUGGAACACUUCUCCAACGAUUGCAUGGCAGCGGUGGCCCACCUGUUGAAUGCACCUGUAAUCGCACUGAGUAGCUGUGCGAUAAUGCCGUGGCACUACAAACGCAUGGGCAGUCCGUUCAUUAACCCCAUUAUGCCCAUGAAUUUCCUGCCCUACACUGAUGAGAUGAGUCUGAUCGAUCGCCUGAAUAAUUUCUUCCAUUUCCACACCGUGAAUAGUCUGUACAACAUGAUUACCCAGCCAGCCACCGAUGCCCUGAUCGGCCAGAGAUUCGGACCCGGACUGCCACCCAUCAAUGAGAUCGUGAAGAAUACGAGUCUGAUGAUGAUCAAUCAGCAUUACGCCCUAACCGGACCACGCCCCUAUGCUCCAAAUGUGAUUGAAGUUGGUGGGCUGCAAGUUGGGCCGAUAAAACCACUUCCACAACACCUGCUGGAUCUUCUGGAUCGAUCCCCCAAUGGAGUAAUCUAUAUCAGCUGGGGCUCCAUGGUGAACAGCAAUACUCUUCCUUCGGCCAAACGAAUGGCGCUUUUCCAAAGCAUUUCCCAACUUAAUGAAUACAACUUUGUCAUGCGCUGGAAAAGUUUAGAAUCUCUGGAAGAUAACAAGCCGUCGAACCUCUACACCUUCGACUGGCUGCCCCAAAGAGAUCUUUUGUGUCACCCGAAGGUCAGGGCUUUUAUCUCCCAUGGCGGACUUUUGGGCACCACGGAGGCGGUUCACUGUGGAGUUCCCAUGCUGGUGACACCUUUCUACGGAGAUCAGUUUCUCAACUCCGGCGCAGUGAAACAAAGAGGUUUCGGAGUUAUCGUCGACUUCGGAGACUUCGAUACGAAUCACAUAACCAGAGGACUUCGAAUUAUACUUGAUAAAAAAUUCGCGGAAAGAGUUAGACGAUCCAGCGAAGCCUUUCGCCAGCGUCCCAUUCCCCCUAUCGAAUUGGCCACCUGGUGGAUUGAACAUGUCAUAAAGAAUGGGGGAGCUCCACAUAUUCAAAGUGAAGCCAGACACAUAAACUGGAUCGUCUACAAUUCCAUCGAUGUUCUCCUGUUCUGGCUGGGAAUCUUAUUCCUACUGAUUGUCGCCCUGUGGAAGCUCAUAAAGAUAUUCAAAACAGCUUUUUGUCGGGGGAAAAUCUCUAGAGAUACUAAGACAAAGACGCAAUGAGUGUUUAGUUCAAUGAACUUAAAAUUUAGACACAGAAAUUAAUGAAUGUCAGGAAAAUGGGUCGCAUGUCAAAGAGCGUAUUCCGAAUAAAAUUAUACAAAUAUGUUAAACAUUUAUAAUUAAUGUUACACAACUCAGCUUUUUGUGAAUGGAAAGGUCAGCAAACCAAAACUGAUAAUGAAAACUGCUUUCACUUUCAAAUUUAUAUUAUCAGCUCUAUCAUUAAAAGUUUAUUUUUUUUAUAUAUCAAUUACAUUUUGUAAGUAUUUUUUCGAAAUAUUAACAAAUUUAGAGCUUGGUGACAUGGAAAAUUUUUAAGAUUCCUAAGAAAUAUCUAUUCUUGUCGAUCGCCCAUAUGUAUAUGUAUGUAUGUACAUAUGUACAUUCCGUAAACCGAAAACAAGCCCGUAUCGAUUAAAUGUAAACAGGCGAAGCCUUGGGGCAAAUCACGCAUACAUCGACUGAUAAUGAGUCGGCAGACUUGUCUUAAUAGACUUUCUACAGCCGGUAGUUGGGUCUCGUGUGCACAAGUGCAAGUUUCCGCUCUACAUUCUCCCCAAUUUUCAUUGUUUAAAAAUUCUUACGAGAAAGCCCGAAUAAAGCUCCGCAAGGUUAGGCGUUGUUGUAUGUA